UAUUUUAGCGACCUAUCUGCGGUCACAUUGUGGCUUUGUUUAUAAAAAAGAAUUUGUGUCAACAAUUAUUAUUAAGCACUAUUGUUGAGCUUAUUUAUCACUUAGUGUUAUUAGAAGCACAACACAUUGUUACCUUUAAUUGGCCUGGCAAAGUUCCCAUUGGGUCUGUUGUCUGUAAACAAUGGCCUUGGGAUUAAAUGAUAAAAUCUUUAAUUAAAACAUUUAUCAAGUGGCAAAGUUAUCCACGAUAGCUGCAGAAGCGCAUUGGGUUCGCCAGAUUGGGAACUGCAUGCCGCCGGCGAAAGUACAGCUCAGAUAAGCCACCACGAUGGAUCGGACCAGUCUAUACUUUCAGGGCAAGGAUGACAAGAAUACCUUCGAUUUCGAUGAGACGCUGCCCCCGCUGCCUCUGCCCGAGCUGAAGGACACCAUGGAGCGAUACUACGCUUGCAUCCAGCCCUUCGGCACCAAGGAGGAACUGGCCCAGGCUCGUCGGGCCAUUGAUGAGUUCCAAAACGGCGUGGGCAUUAAACUGCAUGAGCAGCUCAAGAAGCGGGAGGCCAGCAUGAAGAACUGGCUGGGCACAUGGUGGGAGGACUACGGGUACCAUUUGAUCCGCAUGCCGCUGCUGCCCUAUCAGCUAAUGUCCAUGCCCGCGCAGCUGGAGAUGGUGGGCGUGCCCGAGACCCCGGAGUACAUGCUCAAGAGCCUCGCCCGUCACAUCCAUCACUGUCUGGAGUUCUGGGACCUCACUCGCACGUCCAGUAUCAAGCCGCUCUCCUCGAACGGUGGGAAGAUCAAAUACUCUUCCGCGCUGUACAAGCACUUCUUCUCCACCUGUCGCGUUCCGGGGGUAGAGCAGGAUCACAUCGAAAAGCAUUUCCUAACCAAAGAUGAGGGAAAGACGCCCUCGCACAUCCUCAUCUCCGGUAAGGGCAGGCAGUUUAUCCUGAACUGUGUGCACGAGGACGACACUAUCCUCACGGCACCCGAAAUCCUGGUGGCCCUGCAACGGUUGCGCAGCAUCUUGGACUAUGAACCCGAAGGCGAUUGUGUCCCUAUGCUGAGCCACGAUGAUCGCACCACUUGGGCCAACAAUCGCAAUCGCCUGAUGGAGGUAUCCGAGGCCAACAAGGAGACACUGCUGCUGGUGGAGAGCGCCAGCAUGGAGAUUUGCUGGUACGAACAGUCGCCCAAGGACUACGAGGAGUCCUCGCAGCUGGGCCUCUUCGGUGACCUGCAUUCCCGGUGGGCGGAUCGCAGCAGCAGCAUUAUCGCCUUCCGCAACGGACGCUUCAACUGGACGGGUGAGCACAGUUGCUACGACGGCACUGUCAGCAUUAGCUUUGCCACUUUUAUGCAGCUGAGCUUCAUGGAGGUGCCUGAGCCGGACUGGACGGAGGCCGAGCACUCGAGCGUGGCUGAGAUCAAGGAGCUCCACUUCCAGCUGGAUGACUCACUGAAGAGCGAGAUUAAACGAGUCCGCCAGGAGGUCGAGGAUAGGGGCAUUGAUGUAACAGUCACCUUCACUGUGUUCGAUGAUUACGGCAAGGAGUUCAUGAAAAAACACCGCCUGCACCCGGACUCCUUUGUGCAAGUCGUCAUGCAGUGGACCUACUAUCAGUUGCAUCAGGAAAUUGCUCCCACCUAUGAGACCGCACUUAUGCGUCAGUACUACAAUGGACGAACGGAGACGUUGCGUUCCUGCACUGGCGCUGUGGCGAACUUCUUGCGGGCUUCGUCCAACAAGCAGAUGGGAGACAUGGCCCUAGCCAGGGCCUUCCGGGCCGCCGUAGAUGACCACAAGCACUUCAUGAACGAGGCGCGAAAGGGAAAUGGCAUCGAUAGACACCUCUUUGGACUCUGGUGUGCGGCAUACGAGAACAAAAUGGACAUUCCCGCCUUCUACGACGAUCCCAUGUACGCGAAGAGUGGCGGCGGAGGCAACUUUGUGCUCUCCACCAGCACCCUGGGCUUCACGGCCAACGUGGGCUAUGUGGCGCCCAUGCUGUUCGACGGAUACGGCGUCUUCUACUCAAUAACCUCUGAUGCCGUGUACAUCAAUACCACCGCAUAUCGGGAUAGCAUCAAGACAAGCGCCCGCAAAUUCAAUCAUAUGUUCAAGGAUUCAUUCCGACGCAUUAGCGUUCUCUUGGAGCAGCUGGCCAAGGAGUCAAAGCUGUAGAGAUUUACCUAGUAUUAAGGCAGAAUUAAAUCUGAAAACAUUUUAUCAUCCAAA